CCUCUCUCUCUCGUCUUCUUCUGGGAAGAAGACGAAGGAAAAAGGAAGAAUCUUUAUGGCGGAUCAGGCCAGGCAAGCGGAGCUCUUCGAGCUCGACAAUGGGACCAUGCGGGUGAAGAUCGCCAACCUCGGCUGCACCAUCGCCUCGCUCUCCGUUCCGGGCAAAGACGGGAAACUGGUUGAUGUGGUUCUGGGUUUCGACUCCGUCGAGCCGUAUCUGAAAGGUGCCGCGCCGUUCUUCGGCUGCAUUGUGGGGCGGGUCGCGAACAGGAUAAAGGAGGGCAAGUUCACUCUCGAUGGCGUUGAACACUCCUUGCCCAUCAACAAGCCCCCUAACAGUCUUCAUGGUGGGCACAAGGGUUUUGAUAAGGUUAUAUGGGAAGUAGCUGAUUAUAAGAAAGGCGAGAAUCCUUCCAUUACCUUCAAAUAUCACAGUCAUGAUGGGGAAGAAGGUUACCCAGGAGAUGUUUCUGUGACGGCUACUUACACGCUAACUUCUAGUACAACAUUAAGGCUCGACAUGGAAGCUGUGCCUGAAAAUAAGGCCACUCCUAUUAGCUUGGCUCAGCAUACCUACUGGAACUUAGCCGGUCACGAUUCAGGAAACAUACUAAACCACUCCAUCCAGAUAUGGGCUAAUCACAUCACUCCCGUGGAUCAGAACACAAUCCCAACAGGUGAAAUUAUGCCCGUCAAAGGAACGGCUUUUGAUUUCACGACGGAGAAGAAGAUUGGCACUUCAAUUCAUGAGGUGCCUGGUUUAGGUUACGACCAUAACUAUGUGCUGGACUGUGGGGAAGAGAAGUCGGGCCUAAAACAUGCUGCCAAACUGAAGGACCCUUCAAGUUCUAGGGUUCUUGACUUGUGGACCAAUGCUCCGGGAAUGCAGUUUUACACUGGAAAUUACGUUAAUGGAGUAGUUGGUAAAGGCGAUGCAGCAUAUGGCAAGCACUCUGGAGUGUGUUUGGAGACGCAAGGAUUUCCAAAUGCCAUCAACCAACCAAAUUUUCCUUCUGUUAUCGUUCGACCUGGUGAGAAGUACAAGCAUUCCAUGCUUUUUGAGUUUUCAUUAGAGUGAAACAUUGGGAAGGUUUAUGUUAAUAAGAUGAGUUCUGAACUUGUUUGCCUUUACCUAAGAUAAAUGUCUUGAUGGAAAUGUGAGACCUCCUUGAAGUAAUAAAAAUGGCCAAGUGCUUUCAUUGACAUUA